AUGAAUAAGCUUAAAAACACUGCUCAGUUAACCGAAGAAGUGAUAAAAAGUGUUCCGAUACUGAAUAAAGAACAGAAACAAGCAUAUGAAUCUAUAUUGAAUAGUGUCGUUUCUGAUUCUGGACGAUUGUUCUUCCUUGAUGCUUCUGGUGGAACGGUAAAAACAUUCUUGAUUAAUUUGUUGCUUGCGAAAAUUAGAAGUGAAAAAAGUAUUGCUAUUGCUGUUGCUUCUUCAGGAAUUGCGGCUACUUUAAUUGACGGAGGCAAAACAGCUCACUCGACAUUUAAAUUACUUCUUGAAAUGAAUCAUUCUGAUAAUAUUCUAUUCAAUAUUUCUAAGCAGAGUCAUAUGGCUCACGUUAUCAGAGAAGCAAAACUGAUAGUAUGGGAUGAAUGCACUAUGGCUCACAAAAAUGCUAUUAAAGCUCUCAACAGAACUCUUAAGGAUAUAAGAAAUCGUGACCGAAUAAUGAGUGGAAUAACUGUUGUUUUAGCUGGUGACUUCAGACAAACUUUGCCUGUUGUACCACAAGGUACACGUGCAGAUGAAGUCAAAGCCUGUCGCAAAUCCUCAGUUUUAUGGCCUCAUGUUAACGUACUGUCUUUGAAAAUUAAUAUGCGCGUUCAUAUGCAACAUGAUUUGAAAGCAGAAGAAUUUUCAAAGUUACUCAUUGAUAUAGGGAAUGGACAAAUUUCAGAAGUUGACGGACAAAUAAGUAUUCCGGAUGACCUAGGUGAUAUUGUUGAUGAUUUAAAUACAUUAACUGAUAAAAUAUACGCAGAUAUCAAUAAAAUUGGAGUUAUUUACUCUUCAUGGCUAAAAGAAAGAGCUAUUCUGACUCCAACGAUUGAUUCAGCAAAUAGCAUUAACAACUUUCUUCUGGAAAAGCUAUCAACUAAUCAAAUGAAGUAUAAAUCUAUUGAUACAGUCGUAGAAGUUGAUGAUGCUGUCCAUUAUUCUGUCGAGUUCUUGCAUACACUCAAUCCAGCCGGAAUACCAUCUCAUAUUUUCAAUCUCAAAAUUGGAGCACCAAUAAUGUUACUGCGCAAUUUGAAUCCUCCAAAACUAUGUAACGGUUCCAGACUACAAGUGAAAAAUUUACAUAAAAAUAUUAUUGAAGCUACAAUUUUAACAGGUAAACAUGAAGGAGAAGUCGUAUUUAUUCCAAGAAUUUCUUUAGUUCCAUCUGACGACCAUUUCAACUUCAAACGUCUACAAUUUCCUGUUAGGGUUUGCUAUGCUAUGACUAUCAAUUAA